AAGCAAGUGCUCGAGUUUCAAAAGGCUGCGCUUCAAUAAUAACAGUUUUACUGGGAAUUUAUCUGAAGCUUUUGGCAUCCAUCCACACCUUCAUUUCAUUGAUUUGAGCGACAAUGAUUUUUAUGGUGAACUCAGCAGCAACUGGGGGAAAUGCGAAAAUUUGAUUGAUCUGCGUGUAGCCAGAAAUAACAUUAGUGGUAGCAUACCACCAGAGAUUGGAAAUGUCAAAGGGCUUUUAGGACUUGAUCUUUCAUCAAAUUAUUUGAUUGGGCAAAUUCCAAAGGAAUUUGGAAAAUUAACCUCUCUGGUUAAUCUUCUUUUGCGACACAACCAAAUUUCUGGCAAUAUUCCUAUGGAACUUGGGUUAUUGACAAAGUUAGAUUACCUUGAUCUAUCAGACAAUAGAUUGAAUGGUUUGAUCCCACCGUUUAUAGGAGAUUACCAGCACCUGUUUCACUUGAACCUGAGCAACAACAAAUUUGGCCAAAAAAUUCCAAUAGAGAUUGGGAAGAUAACUCAACUUAAUGUACUGGAUUUGAGCCGUAAUCAUCUUGUUGGAGAAAUCCCCCCUCAGUUAGCCAAUUUGAAGGUGUUGGUAAACUUAAAUCUUUCACACAAUGGCCUAUCUGGGCGCAUUCCUCAAGAAUUUGAAAGUUCAACUGGUUUGCAGGAUGUCGUAUUGUCAUACAAUCUGUUGGAAGGUCCAAUUCCUAAUAAUAAAGCUUUUAUCAAUGCCUCAUUGGAGGGUAAUAAAGGUCUUUGCGGUGAUGUAGUAGGAAUCCAUCCCUGCGGAAUGCCGUCUUCUGUGGUGAAGAAGCACUCAAUGGCGAAGGGACGUAAACUCAUCCUCAUCACUGUACUUCCUGUUAUGGGAGCACUUGUUCUACUCUGUGUUUUCAUUGGUGUUCUGUUUAUGUGUGAUAGAAGAAGUAGAGUUGGAGAUGUUGAAAGACGGGAUAGUGAUGGUUGGCUUUCGAUAUCCAUGUUAGAUGGGAAGGCAUUGUACAGGGACAUCUUAAACGCCACAGAAGAGUUUGAUGCAAAAUUUUGCAUCGGGCAAGGAGGACACGGAAGCGUUUACAAGGUAAACCUUCCAUCAUUAGGGAAUAUAACUGUGAAGAGACUUCAUUCUUCAUUUGAGAAUACAGCUCCCAAAAGUUUCUUAAAUGAAGUAAGGGCAUUGACUGGGAUUAAGCACAGGAACAUUGUGAACCUCUAUGGCUAUUGUUCGAAUGCACAACACUCGCUCUUGGUUUAUGAGUAUGUGGAGAGGGGGAGUUUGUCUAGCAUUUUGAGCAACAAGGUUGAGUCCAAGAAAUUGGAUUGGUUUAAAAGAGUGAAUAUCAUCAAGGGUGUUGCUUUUGCUUUAUCUUACAUGCACCAGGACUGUUCACCCCCGAUUGUCCAUCGAGACAUAAGUAGCAGUAAUGUUUUGCUUGAUUCUGAGUAUGAAGCUCGUGUUGCAGACUUUGGCAUAGCGAAGCUACUCAAGCCAGAUUCAUCGAAUUGCACUGCACUUGCAGGCACAUAUGGCUAUGUUGCACCUGAGCUUGCAUAUACUAUGAAGGUUACACAAAUGUGUGAUGUCUUUAGCUUUGGAGUACUAUCAUUGGAGAUAAUAAAAGGAAAACAUCUUGGGGAAUACAUUACCGUGCUAGCAGAUUCAUCGACUAUAGAUCCUGAGCAGCUUAGCGAUUUUCUGGAUGAACGCCUUCCAUAUCCUGAAGAUAGAGUAAAAGAGGCUUUGGUUUUUAUCAUCAAGCUAGCAUGCUCUUGUUUGCUUGAAACUCCAAAAUCAAGGCCAACAAUGCACUUCAUCUCUCAUAAGUUAUCAUCAAUGGAUGCACGUCCACCUAUUCAUCAGAGAAACCCCCAUGUAAGGCGAGCAAUAUAAUCCCUGAUAUGUAUGGAAGUGAAUAACCUUUGUUGCUGAUUGGUUGUGAAGUAUGUAUUUCAAUUGCUGGGCCUAGUAUUGUUAGGGUCCUCAUUUGGUUUACUUUAUUAAUAUGCAUA